CGCUGCUCUGCAUGUCUUUGCUCACCGUACAACACUAUCUUUGGCAUAAAUUACAUGCGUGUAAGCAUACACUACAUUCGUGAAAAAAUGGCAGCUGGCGAAUAGAGAAAAGUGGAUCUUCACUCGAAAAACAGACGGCACUUGACAAAACUACACAGGGACAGAGGUAUACUGGGUCAACGUCCUGCACGUUGAUUUUCAUCAUAGAAGUGUCACCAUUGGUCGCUAUCGCAGAAGUGUCACCAUGGGUAAAACUCCGCUAAAAGAUCAAAAAGAUGGCAAAAAAGAGAAGCCAGGAAGAACAGUUCUACCAACAGGUACAACCCCUGCAACAACUAAAGAUGCUUUCAACUGGGAGGAAUAUCUAAGAGAAACAUCAUCUAUACCUGCUCCACCAAGCUGUUUUCGUCAGGCUAGAGUCCCACCCUCCAAUGACUUCAAAGUGGGAAUGAAGCUUGAAGCCCAUGACCCACGCAAUUCCACUUCAGUUUGUAUUGCCACAGUGAUGGGUUUAACUGGGGUUCGUCUGCGUCUCCGUCUGGAUGGAAGUGACAACAGCAAUGACUUCUGGAGACUUGUAGACUCUUCUGAUAUCCAGCCCAUUGGCACCUGUGAGAAGAAUGGAGACAUGCUGCAGCCGCCACUAGGAUUUCGGAUGAAUGCAUCGUCAUGGCCCAUGUUUCUGUUGAGAACCUUAAAUGGAGCAGAGAUGGCACCAGCAACAGCCUUUAAAAAGGAACCUCCAAGGCCCCCCCAGAACAGCUUUAAGCCAGGCAUGAAACUGGAAGCUGUGGAUAAGAAGAACCCAUACCUCAUCUGCCCUGCCACCAUUGGGGAAGUUAAGGGUGAUGAGGUCUUCAUCAUGUUUGAUGGGUGGCGGGGUGCCUUUGAUUACUGGUGCAAGUAUGACUCCCGGGACAUCUUCCCUGUGGGCUGGUGCACCCUCACCAAGCACAGCCUCCAGCCACCAGGCAACAGUGUUACCCUUCCAAAGACCCUGCAGACUCUCCCUGCAUCACCCUCCAAACCCAGCAGGCGUUCCAUGCAGUCUCCCUACAGACUCCCCAACCCUCUGCCCCCUCUGCCUGUCAGGAAGGGGGUGCGAGGCCGAAGGCCCAAGAGCGAGACCAUAGCUCUACUCAAAGCUGUGGCUGAAGCAGCCGCUGCCCAAAAUGGCACUGUACCUGAAACCACACAGCUAGUACCCCGGCCCCACAAAAAGAGAGGACCCAAACCUGGAAGCAAGAGAAAGUCCAAGAUUCUCCAGGGUCAGACACAGCUGCCCAGCAUCCAGGUUCCACAGGAAAGCCCUCCCAGUCUCAACUCUGUGGUUUCAACAGUGUGUGUGUAUGUGAAUAAGCAUGGGAACUGUGGUCCCCACCUGGACAGGAAGCAGAUGCAGCAUCUGCCAGACCACUUUGGUCCGGGGCCAGUAAAUGCUGUGCUUCAGCAGGUGGUCCAGUCGUGUAUAGACUGUGCAUACCAGCCUAAAGUCCUGCUCAGCGCUCUGCAGACUCAUUCAGGAGGAGGAGAGGUUGUCAGAGUGAGGACAGAUGUUGGAGUUCGUGUGGUCAAGCUACCCUCAGCUUCCAGCGCUUCCUUUGUGCUGCGGUUCCUGGAGACUAUGUGUCGUCACCUGCAGUGUGACAACCUAUUCAGCAGCCAACCGUUUAGCCACUACACAGCUUAUGACAGGAACAAGUCAGUGAAAGAAGAGGCGUUGGAUGCUCCUUCUCUGGCUCGGGGUAGUAAACGCAGUCUCUCUGGAGUCUCUCCAUCAUAUGCAGCCCCUCUGUCUCCUAAACAUCUACGGACUGAGGCUCACCCUUCAGAAGCAGAGACUCUGCCCCACGAGGAGAAUGGCCUAAUAAAGGAGCAGCGCUACAUGGACUCAGCCUCCAACUCCAUGACCCCGCGCCCUCAGACAGUUCGGAGUUCCUCAGAGUACCACUCUCAGGCCAGCAGCCUCUACCAUCCUGGCAACGGCACACCCAUGCGCCGCCUCUCCUCCAACCCAGCAGAGCAUGGUUCUUCACAGCCUCUCAGACGAGUUGAAGCAGCCAGCUCCACCACAGGCCCUGAGGCUCUGGUGUCUGAGCGGGAGAGUCAGCAGCUGCCCAGUAAAAACCCCUCCUCCUGGUCCAUCGAAGAGGUGAUGCAGUUUGUAAGGGAUGCUGACCCCACAGCAUUAGCUCCACAUGCCGAACUAUUCAGAAAACACGAAAUUGAUGGGAAAGCCCUGAUGCUGCUCCGGAGCGACAUGAUCAUGAAGUACAUGGGUCUAAAGCUGGGGCCUGCACUGAAGUUAUGUCACCACAUAGAGAGGCUGAAACAAGGCAAACUGUAACGAGAGCCAGGGUAGCAUUGUCCCUGCCAGAGCCAUGGGCAAUAAGCCCCGAAAAGAGCCGGCGCUUGGACACUGACUCAUGGGGCACGCAAGGGACUACAUGUUACUCCAGACUCCACCUCAAGAGACUGAAUACAUGUUACAGCUUCACCCAGGCUUCCAGAGUGGAGAAAAGUGUGCCGUGCAGUGCUGACACAUUACCUCAUCCCCUCAUCAGUGAACAAAAAGCUGUUCAAAUCUAACAGACACCACUGACUUAAUGAAAUCCCAAAGGAAAAUAAUCCCUGUAGUGUUUACAUUGCAUAGCACAUGUGCUCACGUGGACACUUUUUUUUUACGGAUAUAAAAUCUUUCGAUCCUGGUUUUGGAUCCCCCAAAGAUGGAGAAUGUUUCUUCUUAUAUAAUGUUUUUAUUCUUGUCGAAUUUCCAGUUAAUAAGGAAGGGUUGAUAUACUGAAAAAGAAUCCAUCAGAUGUUCUUCCCCAAGAGAAUUUGGAUGCUCUCUGGUCUCUGCUGUUGUAUAGCUGUUCUCACUCUUCACACGUAUGCCUAAAGUAUGGGUUUAUCUGCCUGCCCGAGGAAUGCUAAUGUCAGUGCAUUCCACUCACACAGUGCUCGACAGACGUUUUCUUUUGCUCUGCCGUUGUCAGCAUCAUGGUAGGAAUCAUGUUGUAUUCUGGCAUUUUUUAUUUGAACUUCACCUUCCUCGAUCGUCCAGGAGGAUCGUCACCUGCUGUGCACUAUGAUUUAUUACUGUGUCUUAGUGGGUCCUACGUUGCCUCCUACUGGUCUCCACGCAGUUCUUCAAAACAUCAACAUGUUUGUAUCUCAAGUUCUGAUGAAUUAGUGGACGAAUUGUUAAGGAAGUGCAAAUAUGACAUUUCUAAGGGCUUUCUAUGUUAAGUUCUGAUGUAAUAUUUUUAUCAGUCAUAAUCAUUGAAGCUCAUCGGUCGGCCUGCGACCUCAGUGUUGUCACUUUUGACCGUUACAAUCACUGUUAGUAAUGAAAACAGAUGUGUACAGUUUUAUGGGUUUAACCAUGAAUAUCAGCGACAGAAUGUACAUUUUGUAGAAACUUAAUAUUUUAAGGAAAUCAUAUACAUAAGUUAGAAAUGUGAAGAUAAAGGGGUGGGGUGGGGUGAAUAUUUCACAGUGGAUUCCAUUCUGCUUUUUAAUACCGCAGCGCUUUUAGUUGAGAUACUCCCAGUACUAGACUCUGCCUUGCUUUACCUAUGACAUUUCUCAGGUUUCUGUGGUCUUUGUUAGUACAAGCUUUUGUAGCACUGUUUAUAAUGUACUUAACAGAAAUUUCCUGUUCCUCCAUUUAAAGACUUGUGCCAUAUGAUAUUCAACACAGGAUCGAAGUGCUGUUGAUUUCCUUCUCUUGCAUUUUCUUCUUUAAAGUACUUGAAAAAUAUGUGUUGCAAAAAGUCACUUGUCCAUUAUGUCACACCAGAUAAACAAUAUGUGUUUAUGA